AUGUCGGAUUUGGACGACAGAGACGAUGUCCUGUCGCUGGGGGGAAACAGUGAUGAAGAGAUUUUUGAUAAUGAAACUGAAAAAAUGCAAACUAGGUCUGAUAAACUGUCACAGUGUAAAACACGUGGCAAUAAAAAGAGAAAGUCGGCCAUAGAGCCCGGUGUAAACACAACCGUCACUGUUAAACCGUCUAAACAAAGACAUGUAACGAAAAAAUCAACAGGAAAUGAUACCUGUUUAGACAUAAACGAAUUAAAAUCUGCAUUAGGAAUUGAUACUAUGUUGCAAUCAAUUUCUACUCUUGCUAAGUCUGUUAAGAAAAUUUCAGAUGUACAUGUAGGUCAAAAUUGGCAAAGUACGGCGCCCAAUACAGGAAAUGAGACAGUUACUACUGGUCUGCCCAGUGCUACUGUGUCUAGACCUAUAUUAAGUUUAGAUCAGGGUGAAUCAAAUUUUUUUGACAAUGAAAAGACUUUGAACGAUUUUAAUUUGAGCUAUUUGGAUACCCCCCCCCCCCCCAGUCCUUCAUUGCCUGGGGUAGAUCCUCAAGUUGCUUUUCAAAAUGCUUUUGAGUCGGUUGAUAAUGAGAAGCCUUUAGAUGAUGAUUCAUCGUGGAAUAUUCCACAGCUAAAUCCAGAUGAGGUUACCGGCCCUAAAAUUGGGUCUGGUCUAGCCAAAGCAGUUAACGCUGCACUCUCUGUUAAAUCUUCAAAAGAAACCAUGAAUGACAUUGGUAAAAAAUAUAAUAGACCAGAAAAUUGUACUUUGUUGAAAGUUCCACGAGUAAACAAGGAAAUAUGGGAUGUUCUCGGAAAACAAGCUCAUUCUUCUGAUUUGUCUUUUCUAGAGAUACAGAAGUCUCUGGCCCAGGGUUUAGUACCUAUUGUCAAUUUAGCAGAUCAAUUAGCAAAUAAUAAAGAAAUAGACAAUCAAAAAACAAAAGCCAUGUUAUCUGAUUCAAUCAGUCUUCUUGGUUAUGGGUUUUACAAUUUGUCAAUGAAAAGACGACAUGAGAUCAGAAAUCACUUGAAUCCUAGGUACAGGAAGAUAUGUAGUUCUGAUGUCCCUAUUUCUGAAAAUCUGUUUGGUGACAGCUGUAUGUCAAAACUUAAAGACAUGGGUGACAUAAAUAAGUAUCCCCUUAGCUCUAACAGGGGGCAAGGUGGAAACUACUCUGCAUACAGAAACAGAGCUCCUUUAAACUACAGGGGUGCUGCUGGAAAUUUCCAGCAGCACAACCAAACAUAUCAGUACAGUUAAGGUUACAUGUAAGCAAACAGAGGGUACCAAUACAGACCUCGAGGAGGCCAGAGCUACAAGAGAGGAGGACAGAGCUACUCCCAGCAGCAAAGUUAUUUUCAGAGAAACAGUCAGAAGAAAUAGUUAAGGCACAAGGAUCUCUUGAUCAUGCCGCAUACCGGAGAGUUUCAUCCCAUGGUAAGGAAAAUGUCCUUGAUAGUCUGUGUUCUAUCAGGAAACACCUUGAGAGUCAGGGAAUUCCAGAAUUCGAAUGCUCAAUUAUUAAUGCAGCCCUUAGACCAGCCACCAAUAAACAAUAUCAAUAUGCUUGGCAAAAAUGGGUUUUUUGGUGUGGUAAAUGGAAAGUUAAUCCCUAUCAACCGUCUGAGGGGAACAGCAGCAUCCCUGGCAUAUAACGCUGGCACCUCCAUGAAGGAAAUUAUGGAUACAGCUAACUGGACCUCUUCAAAGACUUUCCAUGCGCAUUAUUUGAAAAAACUUCCUGUGCAGAAUUCCUUUGCGAAAAGUGUGUUGGACAAUAAUAUGAAAAGACAGUGAUUCAAGUGAAGUUUUCUUUUUUGUGUAA